CACGCUGCCCUGGCUGAGCGGCGGUGUUUGCAGGUGCGUCUGGACGCGGAGCCCCUGGGCCGCAGGGAGGGGAGCGGCGGGACGGCUGGAGCCGGCUCCGACCUUGGAAGCCCCAGCGCAGUGCCUCGCAGACUCAAGGAGCCCCGUGGGUCUGCUGAGAGAAGAAACUAGCCGGGAGCAGAGAGAGCAGCUCGUGCAGAGUGGCCCGCCGGGACCGCAGAGACGGGGAGAACCCCAAGGCCGGUGGCCCGAGGCAGGAUCGGCCUGUCCCCUCCCUCUCCCGCCCUCAGUCCAGCCUCCCAACUCCCGACUCCAAGUGUCGGCAAACUCUGAACACCCAGCGUCCGCGCCCCUGCGCUGCCUGGGUUCCCUGCUCUUUCCCGGGGGCCCUUCCCAGGGUCUCCUCCCCCAACACCUCGGGGGACCUAGUGGAGCCGGGGGGACCGGAUUCCGGAGGGUGGAGCAGCCAGGUGAGCCCUGAAAGGUGGGGCGGGGCGGGGGCGCUCAGGGCCCCACCCCAGGAUCCGGUGACGCCAGGGCUGGAAUUUGACACCGGACGGCAGCAGGCAUGAGGCUGCGGAGGGAUGGAGUUGGGCCCGGCCCCCAGACACGGCCCGCGGGCUCUGCCAGCAGCAGGUCCCUCGGGUCCCAGCCCUCACUGUGUCCCGGACCCAGAGCCCUCCACGCGCGGGCUCAGACGGGCUGCCAAGACCACGCUUUUGGCUAAAAGAGGCGCUGCCAGGUGCAGAGCUCUGGGCGUGAGCCUUUGGAGCCGCGGGGGAAAGCCCAGCUCUGGUCCCAGAAAAGGUGCCUAGAGGAACACGACACAACCGCCGGGAGAUGGAGCCCGGACGCCCUGGCCCUUCUGUGCUGCCCCUCGGGCCCCGGCCUAAGCGGCAGCCCGCCCUGUGGCCCGCCCUGGCCGCCCUGGCCCUCCUCAGCAGCGUCGCCGAGGGCGAGGCCCCCCUGGGCCCCGCGCCCCACAGCCCGGCGCCGCCCCGCGAAGGCCCCGCGCCCGCCCCGGCGCCCCCCGCCGGCCCCCUGCCGGGGGGCCGCGCGGCCCGUCCGUGCGGCGGAAGAGCCCGGCGGCCGCCGCCGCCGCCGCCCCCGCCGCCGCCCGCGCCCGCGCCCCCUCGCGGGGCCCGCGCGGCGCGCGCGGGGGCCCAGGGCGGCCGCGGGCGCCGCGGGAGCCGCGCGCGGGCGGCGGGGGCGCGGGGCUGCCGCCUGCGCUCGCAGCUGGUGCCGGUGCGCGCGCUCGGCCUGGGCCACCGCUCCGACGAGCUGGUGCGCUUCCGCUUCUGCAGCGGCUCCUGCCGCCGCGCGCGCUCCCCGCACGACCUCAGCCUGGCCCGCCUGCUGGGCGCCGGGGCCCUGCGGCCGCCCCCCGGCGCGCGGCCCGUCAGCCAGCCCUGCUGCCGCCCCACGCGCUACGAGGCCGUCUCGUUCAUGGACGUGAACAGCACCUGGAGGACCGUGGAGCGCCUCUCGGCCACCGCCUGCGGCUGCCUGGGCUGACGGCGGACUCCGCGGCCGCGCGGCGUCUGCUCGGCCGCCGGGGCCGGGGCCGCGGCCCAGCCGAGCGGCGGCCCCCCGGCCCUCGCCCUGCCCGUCUCAGCCCCGCAAGCCCCAGAGGCCUCGGCUGCGGAAGCCCGCGGACGCACCUGGCCCAGGCUCUGGCCCUGAGCCGGCCGAGGACGCGGGACUCCUCCGGAGAGGAGCCCAGCGGGGUCGGGUCUCAGCCUCUGGGGACGGACUUGGAGGAGACCCGAGGCAGGCGCCCUGCUGAAGUGGCUGUGCCGGAGCGGGCCUUGGACGCAUCUGCGGGAGCGGGACCCCUAUUUAUUAUUUCUAAGUUAUUUAUUUACCUCUCUGCUUUGUCAGAUCCUUUAUUGGGCUGGGGCUGGGGCUGGGGGCGGGGGCGGCGCCUGGGGAGAAGCACUGGAGAUGGAGACCACUCCCAGCAAUCGGAAGCCCGGCCUGGGACUGCUCGUCCCCACCCUGGAGUUCUGGGCCACGAGGGCUCAGGGACCACAGGCAGAGUGGGCGGCCAAGGCCAGCUCACAACCCCCUGCAGGUGCCCAGCAGUCGGAGCCUGGGGUUGCUGGUGGCGAACGCCCUCCCUUUGAGACCUCAGGCAUCCUGGGGGCCUUGUUUAACGGCAGAGAUGCAGAGAACCCCGCGUCGCCUCACCCCACUGGCCCUGAUCGGUGUCCUCCCCUCCAGUAGAUACUGCCUGUGCUCGCAGAUGGCUCAGCACAGAGAGCUCGCGAAGCAACCAAGGUCAAGGGAACAGCUGAAAAGACUGAGGGUGGGGAAGAGGGUGCAGUGGGAAGCUGGGUUGGGGGGAUGAAGCCCAGAGCUAAGAAAGCAGGAAAAGCCUGAGGGUGCCUCGAGGGCCCUGCAUCUUGGGUAAUGAACCAGGAUACUCGUUUAUUCAUUCACCAGUAUUUCUCAAGUACCUAUUUUAUGUCAGAUGCUGGGGAGACACCAGGGGUACAGAGGUGAACCCACGAUCUCUGCCCGGAGGCUUAAACCAGGAGGCACAACCAUAAAUAAUUCCGGAAUCAUUUAAAUUCAAUUUGGUAAAGACUAUGAAAAAGGGCAAGAAGCUAAGAGGUACACGCGCUCGUCUGGAAGGGAGGAGCGGUUAAUGCUGACCCUGGGGUGGGUCUUCCACCCUGUCCGGAAGUCAUCUCUAAAAAAGUCGGUGCGGAGUUCCCGCCAUGGUGCAGCGGAAACGAAUCUGACUAGGAACCAUGAGGUUGCGGGUUCAAUCCCUGGCCUCGCUCAGUGGGUGAAGGAUCCGGCGUUGCC